AUGGACGAAAGCGAUCUCCAAACGGUCCCGGUCGACAACACCUAUCGCGAGGUCAUCACUCUCAACGGCAGAGACUUUCAGAGAUAUGCCGUCGAAAACAGCAUCUAUUUCGCCCCCGUGGACGAUGACGAGAUCGAGCGGCUUCACUACCAACACGAGCUGUUCAACAUGGUGUUCGAAAACCGAUUAAUAUUUCCUCCCGUUCCGCGGCCUCGGAGAAUCUUGGAGUGUGGAUCCGGAUCCGGGGCAUGGGCGAUAGAAGUGGCAGAGCAGUAUCCCGAAUGCGAGGUCAUCGGACUCGACAUCUACCCCUACCCGGUUCCAGAGGAGAUCCCCGACAACGUAGACUUCCAAGUGGAUGACUUGAACAGUCCGUGA